AUGGGAGAAAACGAUCAAAAUUAUUUUGAAGGAGUGGAAAAGUUAUUAGAAAUAUGGUUUACAAGAAAAGAUGGAAAUUUUGAAAAUUGUAAUUUACGAGAAAUACCAAGGCAAAAAUGGGAAUUGAUAUUGAAAAUGGUUCAUUGCGAGAUAAUAAGCUUCUCAUGUAACGAACAUAUGGAUGCUUAUGUUCUCAGCGAAAGCAGUUUGUUCGUGGCACAAAGAAAAGUCAUAUUGAAAACUUGCGGCACGACAACACUUUUGAAAUGUUUGAAAACUUUAAUUCAUCUCGUGUAUCAAAUGACCGGGUUCGAUUACGUCGAAAACGUUUUUUAUUCUCACAAGAAUUUCAAUAGACCUGAUUUGCAAUCGAGUCCUCAUCAACAUUUCGAACACGAAGUUGAAUUAUUGGAUUCAUUUUUUUCCGACCGAGGUGGUUCUGCAUAUUGUUUCGGUGCCGUCAACAGAUCCUGUUGGUACCUGUACACAUUGAAUCCGUUGCAAGUGGUCACGACGAAAAAUCGUCAGAAAUCAGAACCGGAUCAAACAUUGGAAAUUCUCAUGACAAAUUUGGAUGCAAGAGUGAUGUCCAUCUUUACUCGUUUGGAAUCUUCUUCGGCUGCGCAGGCUACUAGAAAAUCUGGUAUCGAUAAAUUAUUACCCAACAUGGCAAUUGAUGAUUUUUUAUUUCAACCCUGCGGAUAUUCAAUGAAUGGCAUUUCUAAAAAUGGAUCGUACAUGACCAUACAUGUAACACCCGAACCUGGUUUUUCAUAUGUGAGCUUUGAAACCAACGUACCGCAGACUUCUUACAAGGAUGUCAUUCAACGGGUGAUUAAUACAUUUCAACCGGGAAAUUUUGCUUUGACGGUUUUUGCUAAUGAGGACUCUUCUGCGGCUGCGACAAUUCGGGAUUUGGAAAAAAUAAGAUCGUUUGAUGAAUGGAAAAGACAAGACGUGCAAUAUUGCAAACUCAAGGAUUACGAUUUGACUUAUGCAUUUUAUUCGAAAUUUCCAAGCUGA